AUUUAUUCCACUCUCAGUGAAAGCAGAAGUUGUGAUUUUUAGCCCAGCCACCAGGGGGGGAUGUAGAACGUCUUCCUCACAUGCCUUACGCGCUUCAAUCACCCGGCCACCAGGAGUUGAGAUGAGACCACGCUGAAAAAUGCAAUUAUAAACACCUGCAAGAUGAAGAAAGUGUUUACAGCAGAACAAAUUUCGGGUUGGUUCACCUCGGCGACGGCCUUCGCUAACAUUAAACUCACGGAAGUGGUGGAAAGAAAACUCGACGAACCACCAUCGAAAGAAACCAGCCAGUCAGAUGUUGCUGACAAUGGCAGCCUUGGGUUGGUCCAAAAACCAGAGCCUACAUGGAGUGCUGCUUCUCCUCCAGUCACCAGCUAUGAGUACCCCAACUUGCCUAUAGCCAAAAACAGACAAGAGCUGAUUUCUCUCAUAGAAAACAACUCUGUAGUGAUCAUCCGAGGAGCCACAGGCAGUGGCAAGACCACCCAGCUGCCGCAGUACAUUCUGGACCAAUACAAUGAGAAAAACGCCCUAUGCAACAUUGUGGUCACCCAGCCUCGCAAAAUUGGUGCCAUCAGUAUUGCCCGAUGGGUUGCCAAACAGCGGAAGUGCACCUUGGGCAGUCUGGUGGGAUAUCAGGUUGGACUUGAAAGGAUGGCUACUGAGCACACCCGGCUAAUCUACAUGACAACAGGAGUGCUGCUGCAAAAACUGGUUCAGUCCAAGUGCCUCACAGAGUUCACCCACAUUUUCAUAGAUGAGGUUCAUGAGCGCACUGAGGAGAUGGACUUCCUCCUGCUGGUUGUGAGAAAACUCCUUCAUUCCAACUCUCCUUAUGUUAAGAUCAUCCUCAUGUCAGCCACCAUUAACUGCAGACAGAUUGCAGAGUACUUCAGCACGCCAGUUCGGGGCAAGAUAAACCCAGCCUAUGUGUUUGAAGUGGAGGGGGCACCGUAUGCCAUUGAGGAGUUUUAUCUGGAUGACCUUCACAGUCUAUUGCCAUACAGGGUUGAGUUGCCUCAUAUUGAUGACCCUCACAUUUCAGUGGACAUGUACAAUCUUGCCAUCAUUCUCAUCCAAAGCUUUGAUGAAAUGGACGGCAAAGAUGCCAGCGGGGCAGACAAAGGAGGUGGCAUGACCUCAUCGGAGCGGGGAAGUGUGCUGGUUUUCCUUCCUGGUAUGUACGAGAUAAGCUACAUGCAGGAGGCCUUGGCCAAGCUGGUUCAUAAAAGAUUGCAGAUUUAUCCUCUCCACUCCACUGUCACUCUGGAGGAGCAGAAUGGUGUGUUUCUGCUUCCUGUCCCAGGAUACAGGAAGGUCAUCCUUUCCACCAACAUCGCUGAGAGUUCAGUGACUGUUCCAGAUGUCAAAUAUGUUAUCGACUUCUGUCUGGCCCGUCACUUGGUCUGUGACAAAGAUACUAAUUAUCAGUCUCUGCGUCUCACCUGGGCAUCCAAAGCCAACUGCAACCAGCGCCAAGGCAGGGCAGGUCGAGUGUCUAAGGGCUACUGUUACCGUCUUGUUACCAGAGAGUUCUGGAGAAAUGAAAUCCCAGAUUACAUGGUCCCUGAGAUGCUGCUUGCCCCAUUGGCCACCAUCUUGUUGAAGGUGAAGUUGCUGGACAUGGGAGAUCCCCGCUCCAUCCUCUCCACCGCCCUCUCUCCCCCCAACCUUGGUGACAUAGUGAGGACAGUGCUCCAACUCAAAGAGAUGGGAGUGCUAUCUGUGAAAAGUGAUGGCAGGGGUCAGAGCGAGGACGGGGAGUUAACGUUCCUGGGCCGAGUGCUGGCCCACUUGCCCGUGGACCUGUACCUGGGGAAGAUGGUUGUCUUGGGUCACAUCUUUGGCUGCCUGGAUGAAUGUCUCAUCAUUGCUGCCUCGCACUGUCUGAAGAGUUUUUUUGCUGUACCAUCCAUGCAGCAGUUUGCUGGCCACAGGAGCAAGUUGGCUUUUGCCCGUGGAACAGCGAGUGAUUCCAUCGCUUUUGUCAAUGCUUUCAAGGCAUGGUACUCAGCCAAAAAGAAAGGACAACUGAGACACCCAAAGGAUGAGUUGGACUGGGGAAAAGAGAACUUCAUUCAGAUUAAGAGGAUCAGGGAGGUUGCAGAGCUGUACGAGGACCUGAAGAAACGUGUGUCCCAGUUCAACAUGCAUGUGUCAGAGAACACUGACCCAUGGGAUUACACCAGCACACACAGGCAGAAGUUCAUUCUUCAGGUGGUAAUUGCUGGUGCCUACUACCCCAACUACUUUGUCCAGGGGGAUAUAGAUGAAGACCUGGCUGCCAGAGAGAUGAAUGGCUUAAACCCAAGAACAACAGUGAUGGUGAGGAACCUCCCUCCAUACAGUUUCCUAUAUUACAAGCAGCUGCAGUCUCUGUUCCGCCUGUGUGGACACGUCAAAACCAUUUCCUUUGAGAGCUCCAGAGCAUAUGUGGAGUUCUACAGGACAUCCCAAGACUCGGGGGUUCUGCCUGAGGUGUCCCUUGCCCUCCUCCUGGCACAGCAGAACACUUCAGUGGAGCUGUCUGUUUACCCCAUUGAACAAAUAGAAAUUCUUGCUGGCAAUAGAACCAUAACUCACUUGAAGUAUGCACGGGUGAACGUAGACUUCCAGAGCCAGUCUGUCUGCCCCGUGGGAGUGGUGAGCAGCACUGUUGAUCCAGACAAGCUACCCCCGAACCGCUUGUUUGUGGUCAGCGUCACAGAGGUGGUGGAUGUGGGUCAUUUCUGGGGCUUCCGUGCAGAUGAAGCCAGCUUGGAGAAGCAGCGCCAUCUGACAGCAGAGAUAAACAAACGCACACUGCAUCCUGUCACUGUGUCGCUCUAUCCCAACCUGCUGUGUCUGGCUCCGUACUCUGAGAUCCACGAGCAGAGCGUGUACUACCGUGCCAAGAUCCUGCACAUUCGUGGCAACACAGUGGAGGUGUUCUUCUUGGACUUUGGCAACACAGAAGUUGUUACCUGCAGCAGCCUCAGAGAGCUCCCGUCUGACCUCCGGUCUCACCCGUUCCAGGCUCAGGAGUUUCAGGUUACUGAAAUGCGUCCUUCAGCCCAGUCCAUCAUACUGGGGAGCCAGUGGAGCAGCCGAGCACGCAACCGUUUCCUCACGCUGGUGAAGGGCCAUUCGCUCAUCGUGUCGCUGUAUUCCAUCCUGUAUGGCGUCAUGCGCGUGCAGCUGCUCAUCAACACAGAGACAGCAAACACCACCAUAACAGACUUGUUGGUGGAAGAAGGACAUGCUGUGAAGGCCGAAGAGAACUUUGAUUCCAAGCAAAACCAUGAGACACUGAUGUCACUCUACCAGGACAUGGAAGCAGGUACAUAUGUCCCCAACACUGCCAGCAGCUCCUGGACAGAUCGCAAGAAAGAGGAGAAGCAGCUCAUUGACAGCCUGCUCGACCACUUUUCCAAGAGCCGCCAGUCCUAUUCCAAGUCAAAGGUUCACCUGCAUGGACCGAGCAGCUCUAAUAAGAUAAAAUUCCAUCACUUAGGCCGCAAGACUCACUACAAGACAGUGUAUAUAGAGAAGAGGAGCAUCAACUCCUUAGCCGUGAAUGAAAACCCUCACUACAAACAUCAGAGGAUGAUGGUGGCUGGGACUGUGUCAGUCAACUCCACAGGGACGCAGAUUCUCCUGAAAGAUACCUCCAUCAUGCCCGACAUCCCUGGACUGCCUGCGCUUGUCACCAUGCUCUUUACACCCAUCAUGGAGUUACGCACUAAUGAAGAGAGGACCUGCUACACUGGCGCCCUCUGUGGCUUGGGCUGGAAGAGUCAAACACAAGAGGGCAUCCUACCUGAGCGUGACAUCGAGCUCAUCUUCGACGUCAAGAUUGAUGUUGAAGACAUCACUGAGAUAAAUGCUUUGCGAGUGGCUGUAAACCGUCUGGUGUGCGAAGGGCUGGGUGGCACUUGGCAUCUGGGGCCCGACAAGAUCAGCCAGUUGCAGGAGGACUGCCGGGACCGCCUCAUAAGACUGUUCACCAAGUCACCGCCAAGAGAAGCCGUCACUCCGGUAUACUAUGAAAAGCCAGAGAAAUGGAACCAGGUGGAUCCUGCUCUGAAGAUGGAUAUUGUUGAGCCUGGAGGUAGAAAGAGCAGAGGUGUUCUCUUUCAGCUGCACCCCGUCACUCUCCUCAACAGCUAAGAAGCCACUGUACGUGCGUUUAUGUUGAAAUGGAAGUUUUACUACUGGUGCCAUAACCAGGUUCUUUGGGAACUUUAAUUCCAAUUCAAUGGAGUUCAUAGUUUUAGUUCAGAGGAGUAUAUUUUCUCAAAGUUCAAUUGGAACUGGAGCUGUCAGCAGCACAGCCAAAUCCUCAGUCCAUUAUUUAAUGUUUGCAGCAAUAAGUGGAGUUGUUAUUCCCUCUUUAAAUAAGUGGCUGUAUAUGUUCCUCAUGUCUAGCCCUUUCUAACAGUGCUUCAGAAUUAAAAAUAGUUGUUUGCAA